ACAUUUCAUGUCAGUAUGACAAGAUUUUGACAAGCCAUGGUUAGGUUAUGAGGAAAAAUCCUUAUUAUUUUUUAAUAUAAAUGACUAAAAAUAUUAUUAACCUAAGAUGAAUCGACUACUUUGUAUGAAUAGGAGUUUUUAUAAUUUAAGGCAAAACCGAGUCCUUAAUUUGGUGCCACCUCUGCUGAUUCCGGCAAAAAAUAUACCCAAUGUUUAUGUUAGUCGCGGAAUAAGUAAUGAAAGGAAAAAAAUAAGAUCAACACUGAAUUAUAUGAUAGCUCUCGGUAUAGCGACUGUGGGCUUAAGUUACGCAGCAGUGCCGCUUUAUAGAAUAUUUUGUCAGGCAUACAGCUAUGGUGGAACAACAGGACAAGCUGAGCCUGCGGAGACAGUCAGCAACAUGAAGGCAGUACAAGAGCGGCCAAUUAAAGUGCGCUUCAAUGCUGAUGUUGCUUCCUCCAUGCAAUGGAAUUUCAAACCACAACAAAAUGAUAUUACGGUGUUGCCUGGAGAGACUGCACUUGCAUUCUACACAGCGCGAAAUCCAACAGAUAAGCCUGUAGUAGGCAUUAGUACCUAUAAUGUCAUCCCAUUUGAAGCUGGCCAGUACUUUAACAAGAUACAGUGCUUCUGUUUCGAGGAGCAAAUGUUAAAUCCACACGAGCAGGUAGACAUGCCAGUAUUCUUUUACAUUGACCCUGAGUUUACGGAGGAUCCCAAGAUGGAGUAUGUUGAAGAAAUUGUGCUCUCUUACACAUUCUUUGAAGCCAAAGAAGGUGUCAAGCUCCCAAUACCAACCUUCGUGAAAUAAAACAACGCAAGAUAUAGUGAAAUAUCCAAGAGACUUUGACAGUGAAAGAAUGUAGUUAAGUUUUGUGCAGUAUUUAAGAGUUAUUUUUAGGCACAAAUGUGGAACUAAGGACUUAUUCAUUAUAAUUUUUGUUGUAAAUGAAAUAAAAAGUUUGUGUUUUGAA